GGCAGCGCAUAAAAUAUCCGCUCCAGUGCAAAACCGACGGCGUUUUCUCCGGAAGAAGGCUAGAGUAUGUUUCGUUCACUGUCUCCACUGCUCCUGCUGGGAGCCGCUGGUCUCCUGGGCUGCUGCCUGGCGGAUAUUCCCGGCGACGUCAUCACAUCUCUCCCGGGAUGGAGGGGUCCGCUCCCUACCAAGCAGUACAGCGGCUACAUCGACAUCAGCGACACGAAGCACAUGCACUACUGGUUCGUGCAGAGCGGCAGCAAACCCGAAUCUGAUCCGGUUGUGCUCUGGUUGAAUGGAGGACCUGGUUGCAGCUCACUUGAUGGCUAUUUUAACGAACAGGGGCCCCUCCACUUCAAUAGACAGACAGCUGACGAACUUCCACUGCCACAACUGGUCUACAACAACUAUACUUGGGCCAACAUCACCAACAUGAUUUUCUUGGAGGCCCCAGUGGGUGUUGGCUUCUCUUACUCUGACAAUCCUAACGUGGACUACAACACAGACGACAAUCAGACAGCACUCGACAACUACCACUUUCUGGUGGAGUUCUUCAAGAACUUUCCCGAGUACAAAGACCACGACUUCUAUGUUGCUGGGGAGUCGUAUGCCGGGAUAUAUGUGCCUACCCUUGUUGACACCAUCCGAGUCAUGAACCAGCAGACCUCAGACAAGAUCAACCUCAAGGGAUUCAUGGUGGGCAAUGGAUGUGUGGGCAACAUGGUGGGUGGGUGUGGCGAGCAGACAAGUCUCAAGAUCCACGUUGAUUUCUAUCACUUCCAUGCCCUCUUCCCAGAUGCUCUUUACGAAGACAUGUUGAAGGAAUGCGGAGACUUCAUGGAUCCUAUGGCAAGUGUAUGGCUCUGAUUGAGGAGAUGUCCAACGAAAUUGGCAAAGUCAACAUCUACGACAUAUACGAGCCCUGCUAUGAAGACAUGGCGACAGCAAAUCGUGCGAGUAACCCUCUCAAGGACGUACUGUUGAAGAGGUUUGGGCGGUACAGUGGGCCAGAUGGCUGCAUUGACGAUCACGUCGAGAGGAAAUACUUUGACAACUCGACGGUGAGAGAAGCUAUCCAUGUUGCCUCGAUGGACAAGAUUGGUGGAUGGCACAUCUGUACUGAAAAGAUACACUACAACGCCAACACUGCCUCUCUCAUCCCUCUCUACCCGACCCUCAUCGGUACCUACCGCACUAUGAUCUUCAAUGGAGAUGUGGACGGCUGUGUCCCCUUCAUUGGGAAUGAGCAAUGGACGUCUGGUUUGGGUUUCAAGGUCAAGGAAGCAUGGAGGCCUUGGAUGGUCAAUGACCAGGUGGCUGGCUAUGUCACUGAGUAUGAAGAAAAUGACUUCAAGUUUGUGACUGUGAAGGGGUCGGGACAUAUGGUAACAUAUUAUACUUGAACAACACACAGUAAUAUGCAUUGCCUGACUGCUUUUCCAUUCUACAGGUCCCCCAGUACAGGCCUGUUACAGCCUGGGCGAUGUUCCACCGCUUUAUUAACAACAUGCCACUGUAAAAGAACUGCUUAGUCUUACCUAAAGAUGCAUGAAGUUAUGGU